AUGGUCCUGCCAGUUUUCUCCAUUCAAGACAGCACCUUUGGUGAUGGUCUCCUGGGUCAGAGCAAGUACUGGCCAUCCCAAAGCCAAACCCGAGGCCCAAGUCCCCAAGCCACAGCCUCUAACUCCCUGGAGCUGUCUGAGGAGUCCUGGCCAUGCAGCUCAGGGACCCCUUCUUCAGCCAACUCCUCUAAGGAACAGAUGGGGAUUUCCCCACCAUUUACCCCUAUUGAUAGCAGGGAUUCAGUAAUGGCAAAGUACAUAAACCGGUUCCGUCAGGCUCAGCCGACAAGUCGAGAGCAACGGCAGCCUGCAGGCCUAACCCCAGCUGAAUUUUGGUGGCUGAGACCUGAAUCUCCAGAUCCCAGCAACCAACUCACAUCAGCAGGGACCAAUAAGCAAGAAAGAAAACCCAACACAACAAUCCCAAUUCCUGCUACAGUGUCCAGCACAUCCCGGACUAUGGGCCUUCUUCAGGAAAGAGAGCAGAACCUCAACACAUGGGACUCGCCCCUGCUGGACCUGGAGACCCUGAGUCUGCAGAGCAGAGCUGCUAGGCUGCUCAAACAAAGCAAGGCCUCCAUCUCCAGCCCCAGCCUUAGUGCUGCUAGAAGCUCCUCCUUCCCCUCCAGCUCAGAUGGCCUCUCACCCUUCUCUGUGACUUCCAUCCCUGACUCCAGCAAGGACCCUGGUCCCAACACGCCUGCAACCCCGGCAUCAGCCCCCACCCCAAUUCCGGCUCGAGUUUCCUCAAGAGCACCCCUGCGGCCAGAGGAUGAUAUUCUGUACCAAUGGCGACAGCGGAGGAAGCUUGAGCAAGCUCGAGGAGGCAAGGGUGAUGGACCCUGGGUGCGGUCCACGACCCCUGGCGUCACCACUCCUCCGACCACUCCUGCCCCUGCAGAGACCCUCGAUCCCCUGAGGACCCAGCCUAACUGUGUCCCUCUGUGGGACAGUGUGGCCCAGCCUGGUCCUGCUCCCCCUGAGGCAUUCUGUGUGCCAAGACCUCCUAUGCCUCUGGGGCCCGCCUCACACAUCGUCUGGGGCCCUAGCCCCCACGGGUUCUUCUGGGCCCCACAGCCUAACCCCUGGGUAGCUCUCACAGCUGUUCCUCCUGCCUCACUGCCUUCUACCCUCCCACCCUCUGCAACCCCCCAAGAUCAACCCACCUCUGCCUCCGCCAGCCCUGCCCAGCCCAAGAGGCAGGACCCUAAGCCUCAGAGGGGCAGAACCCCAUGCCAAGAACCUGCUGGGCAAGUCAAGGCAACAAGCCAAGCACCUGGCCCUCAGCUCAGAGGCGCUCUAGGUCAGGUAGUGACAGCUCGGCUGUUCCCAGACAAUUUGGAGGACACACCCCCUCGCUUGGAGAGCCCACCUCCAACGGAGGCUGACUGUCUGAAGGUUAAGGUCCCGUCCCAUCACUUGGAGGACAAGCCCCUUCCCUCUGAAACACAGUUUACACAAGCUGAGACCCGUUACGGUCGGUGUAAGACCAAGCCUAGGAAAACUGGCGCCCCUGCCGGCGCCGGCGCUGCAGAGUCGGAGCAGACGAAGGGUAAAGCCACGCCCUCGGCUUGUACCAGGGAUCCGCCUGCUAGGACCCCGCCCCCUGCACUGGAGGUGGAGCCUUUCGAGACUAUGCCCAAGGCCCCGCCCGCCACAGACCACACCCCCUCGGUGGACCUGCUCGCCCAAGCUCUCCAGCUCCUGGAAGCCGCUGAAGACUCGGAUGGCAGCGAGUUUCAGGACGACCCUGUGCUACAGGUGCUAAGGACUCAACGGUUGGAUCUGCGGCGGCAGAAAAGGAAAGUGGAUGCCAGAUUAUCCUACUUGCUGGACCAAGUGGAGGACAAGUCUUGGUCCCCUUCCAGGUUGUUUCCCAGGUCCCCAAGGAGCCAGCUGCGAAGGGAAGGAGAGUCCCUUGAGACUAGACGACUUUGA